AUGUUGUUCUCAGACUCGAACCGUCGCACAUCGUUACGUUCUGCGGGGCCCUUGCCCGGCGAUGAUAUCCCGAACGUCGACUCUUCUUCCGACGCUCCACCUCCUGCGACCGCGAAGCCCGAGGCCAAGAAGAAUUCGUCCGCCGCUCCGACGAAGCGCGCAGCGCCAUCGGAACCGUCGUCCACGUCCGCCAAACGCUCCAAGGCGACGUCUUCCACGGCCGAACCUGAUCACCCCAACGACCCGCCACGCCGUUCGCCCCUGUUCGCCCUUGUUAAGAUGGCGAACGGCGUGGCGAGAGGCAAGGACGGUCGUGAUCUUCACACUGGUGUUGCCGACCUCUUAGACCAUUGCGAGAUCAAGGGUGUCGAAGAGAAACUCACCAUGGCUUCCGCCCUCGCCCACUUGUGCGACAAGAUUCAUACACUCAAACACGACUUGAAGGCCAAGGAAGACCUCUACGAAGGCCGACUCCUCGCGCAAGAGGUGAUACUCGAGGGCGCGGAAGCGACAAACGUUCAACUGCGGGCGAAGCUCCAGCGGGAGGAGGAGGAGACAGCCAAGGCGCGCGCUGAGACAGCCGAUGAGCGCGCUCAGGUGGCUACGGAGCGCGGAGAGGUGACCAGGGAGCGCCAGAACGUCAAGACGGAGCGUGACGCUCACGACAACGCCUGCGAGGUCUUUCACAACGAACGUCUCCAGCGUAGGAAGCUGCAGGGCCUCCUGUCCCAAUUCCUGGUCCUGCACGACCAAACGUCCAUCGACAUGGGCACGUCCAAGGAGCUCGCUCGGGCCGCCGAGACACUGCUCAAGACCACCAUGGAUGCCGCUGCCCUUCCAACGUCGACCACACCACCCUCGCCGCCAUCCACGCCGGCCCUCUAG